GGGCAAUAUGGAGACCAGAUACCUAUCUUUCCAUGGUCCUGAAACUGUUGGAGAGAAGAUCAUGAUUGCACCGCUUGCCUGCUCGUAAAAGUAUGAAGGUCAGCCCAAACCAGUCUUCUCCCAGAUCGUUCUGCGUUCUUUAAUCCAGAAGAUAACAGAGCACAAAGCUAGUCAACCUCUAUUCGAGAAGCAUUGCAUACGGCAUUUGCUCGGAUGAAGCAUCUUAUAAUCCCAAUCAAAGCUUGUUGUGUAACCAUGGACAUUGUCUCUUGGACCUUCGAACAUGAAGAGCUUGACUCAGAAGCCCCAAUAUACAUAGACGUCAACGAUUCCACUCGCAGCAUAUCAACCAGACAAGUUCGAACACUCGUUCGACAGCUUGUGAGCGGCUUUCAUAAUCAUGGUGUCAAGAAAGGAGACUGUAUCUGCGUAAUAAGUUUUAACGAUAUCCAUUACACGUCUCUCUAUCUUGGAAUCAUUGGCUCUGGAGCUUGCUUUACAGGAGCAAAUCCAGGCUACACGGGACGAGAGCUUGCUCAUCAUGUCAAGAUUACAGGAUCUAAGAUCUUGCUCACUGAGCUGAAAACCCUUCCUGUUGCUCUCGAAGCUGCAGAGGAAUGUGGGAUCUCUCAUUCGAAUGUCUUCGUCUUAAAUUAUCAAGACGAAGCAGUGCCAAGUCCCCAUCAAUCAUGGAACUCCCUUCUCAGUCAUGGCGAGAAUGACUGGGCAAAGAUCGAAGACCCAAGCACGCCUGCUGCGUUCGUCAGUACAAGUGGUACUUCUGGACUUCCCAAAGCAGCAAUACUCCCACACUCUUAUCUCAUCUCUCAGGGGAAUUUCCAAGAAACCAUGAUCCGCAAGGACGAGAAAAUCUCAUCACUGAUAGCCGUGCCGCCAUUCCACGUUUUCACCAUGCCUGUACAACAUGCACUGCCUCUCCGCACAGGCUCUCCUGCAUACAUCAUGCCGCGCUUCGACGAAGGCGCAUUCGUCCGUGCACUCGGAGAAUUCAAUGUCACACAGACAAUUGUCGUUCCUCCAAUCUUAAUGGCGCUGACGAAACGUUCCUCUUCAGAGCUUGUCUCACUGCGAAAGAUCUUCGUCGGUGGUUCGGUCGCCACAUAUGGCAUGCAACAACAGCUUUACUCAAAGCUGAGUCCGGAAGCUAAGAUCGUGCAGGUGUAUGGUAUGACUGAAGUUGGAUGGGCCACAGCUUGGACGAAAGGGGCAAAGGAUGAGACCGGAAGUGUUGGCCAAGCACUUCCUGGGGCACGGAUUAGGCUCAUGGCAACCGAUGGACGUGCUAUUGAAAAAGAUUCCACCACUGGCGAAGUUCAGAUACACACGCCGACUUCCAUGAAAGGAUAUCUGAACAACGCUGCAGCCACCACUGAAGCUUUUACGUCGGAUGGUUGGGUCCGCACUGGCGACAUUGGGUACGUGAAGGACGGCAACUGGUACAUCAUCGACCGAACAAAAGACCUCAUCAAAGUCCGAGGCUGGCAAGUCUCACCAGCCGAGAUAGAAGCCGCAUUGCUAGAACACCCCGACAUCGUUGAUGCAGGCGUGAUUGGAGUUCCAGCCGCAGAUGGCUGCGGCCAAUCUCCUGCUGCUUUCAUCAAGAAGAAAGAAAACAGUGAGCUCGAAUUGAAAGACGUGAGGACUUUCUUGGCCGUGCGACUAGCGAGGUAUAAGAACGUCGAGAAAGUGGAGUUCGUUGAUACCAUCCCGAGAAACCCCACUGGAAAGAUCCUCAGACGCAUUCUUCGUGAUACCAGAAUCCCUGAUGUGGUGACGAAGGACAUGCUUGCUGCACAGAAGUAUGCUACUGAGCUGAAAAAAUUGGAGGCGUACAAUAGAUCGAGGACUUCGAUGUCGUUGGAUCUAGAAAGGUCCGACAUGAAGACGCAAGACGAAAGUGUGACGGAAAUAGACAUCGAGUCGGAUCGGUUGAAACAGAGCAUCGAACAAAUUGAGAUACCAUGUGAGCCAAGUAGGAAGAGCAGGAAGAGGAAAUGUUGCCCAGCUUCGCCAUUGGAGUACUUGCGUAAGCUCCGGUGUGGGAUUCGAGGCCGUGGUUGAGACUAUGGCAGGUAGAUAUUUGAUUGCAUCUUAGAGGCGUUGGGAAGGCUCACGAUAUUAAAGAAUGCUUGAGAAAUAUGCACAUUUUCCGAAAUGAGACGUGAACUUGAAACAACAAGUCUUUCCCUAAUCUUUGAGUAAUAAUGAAUACGACCGAGAUGGGCUUUGGGAUGACAAAUUUGAUGUCCCAGAAUGGGGACAUUCGAAGUCUGAGGUGGUGCCUCGAAACUUUUCUUCGAUAGGGAAAUCGACGUAACUUAUGUCAAAUGACCAGAAAACCUUCGGGUAUCCGGGCACUCGCAAUCAAUUGAGACAUGCUCUCCGUACCAAUU